UGGCGGUUUUUCGUUGUUUCGCCCAUCAAGCAAGGAGUUAAGGGGUAAACAGAGGACAAAAGGGUGGACAAUCUCGAAGAAAUUCGUUUUUGUAUGGAGGUGGUUAACGUCAACAACCCUCAUCGAAUAUUUACAAUACAGAAGUUACCACCAAACCAAAGAAAGGAUAGGCGGGUGCUAGACAGGCCGCCGUGCCGCUUUGUGAACAACGACUCCCUAGGGCUGAGAGAUGGUUUAUAACCUUUGGUGAAAUUGACCAGAUACUAUAGCGGACGCUCUUAACAAUGAAAAUAAUGGAAGACAGUUUGGAGGAGGCAAGAUCAGGUGGGACCAUUCAAGCCAAUGAGAGGGCAGAUACGCAGGACCAUGACGGUUUCCACUAGUUACCACAGCCACAAAGUAGAAAAUAUUUACAUUUCACGAAAACAAAAAUGAAUUAAUUAUCGUGGCAAUAUUGGGAAAAAAACUAAAACAAUAACUUACAAACGUUUAUUUUUCUUUGCUGAUUGUAAUAAUUUUGGAAAGGAAUGAAUGGAUGGCAUAUGACCCACAGAAAGAAUAAACCAAGGACAAGGUUCCCGCCCACCAGCCUAAAGCAAGGGAGAGAGAAAGGGAAAGGGGAGAAUGGUGCAGAUCGCUUAGCAACGUGGACGCUUGGUCCUCAACCGGAUACGAGCACAAGACUUCAGUCGAAAAGCUGAAGGAUUUUACAACAUCUAGCUAAAACAGUAUCUCAAAACUUGAGCGAUGGAGAGAAUAUGGCUUGACAAGACUGCAUCUAAGGCAGUGGACGACUAUCUGGAGUACAGGAGGGUCGUGGGUGAAGACGAUGGCGGCAGACUAUUCUCCCCAGAGGAAUAUGAAGAGUACAAGAGAGCAGUGUUUCCACAGAGACUACACAACAGGCUGUAUGUGAGCUUUGGAGUGCCAGGGGGAAUAGACUGUAAACUCAUCGGCCCAGAGACACCUUGCUUCUGCACACACAGGUACAAACAGCAUCAGACAGACUUUGAGAAGGUUCCUUCGGAGCGCCCGAUAGCACUACCAUGCCGAGUUCAAGGGUGUCGGUGUUUGGCCUUUCAGUACGUGCACCUGAACGGGUCGCAGCCUGUACGUUGCAGGUGCAAACACUCUGCCUACGACCACAGUGAGACCUCAGAACACCUCUGUGGGAAAUGCUCAUCCUGCUCUGGGUUCCGGAGCCCCUACAGCUGUGGGUGUGGCCAGCCUAGCUUCGCCCACCAGACGCUGGUGGAGACGAAGGCAGAACGGGAGGCCCGGGGUUGUCCGGUGGGCAGAGACGUUCCAUACGCAGCCAUGGGGGGUCUGACAGGGUUCAGCUCCCUGGCUGACGGGUACCUGAGACUGGAUGAUAGCGAGGCAGGUGCCCCUCACCUGUCUGUUCUGUCGUCUCAACAACCAAGAGCUUUCCAGGAGCAUGUGUUUGAGAAAGCCUCAGGACCAGCAGCAGCCUCAGGACCAGCAGCAGCAUCCGGACAUACAGAGAGAUCAUUGACGUCCUGGACCAGGGCUCUGUCUGACCUCAGCACCAGAGAGGAAGAAGACAUGGCGUACUUGGAGAGACGCUACCAGGACAGGAUAAAGGCUGAGAAAAUGGCAGUCAAACAGAAGGCAUCAUCAUCAAGAGGAAGACCAUCCACCAAACCAGCCAGCCUACCAUCCACCAAACCAACCACCUCCCUAUGCAGUAAGCAACCUACCAAACAGCCUACCAAAUAAUUGACCAAACUGGAGAAGAGGACGAACAGUUAGCUAACACACUUAGUUUAAUGAGGUAUUCCAUUCCACACAGAUAAUGAUAUAAUUGCACUAUGGAUAAUAGAUAAUCAAACAGUCUCACCUGGAAAAAUGAUCAUUAGAUCAUAAACAUCAAGGCUUUUGUGAUGUUUCCAAGAUCAAUUGACAAUAAAUGUUCAAAUCCAUGUUGAUUCUUUAACCACCUUCCACUCAGACCUCAUUCUCAGGGUUUCUUUCUUUCUUGUUUUAAUUUGUUGAUAGUUUCACCUCACUAAAUAACACUGGUUCUACCUGCACUGUACCAUUCAAAAACAGGAUAUGGAAAAUGCGUUCAUUUUAUUGAUCAGGAUGCCCUUACUGUAAUCAACUACAGAUAAAGACAUGGAAAUCCAAGUGGCCAAUCAGUGUCAUGCUAGCAAUUUAAUUAACAAAAAGCCAAGGAUGAACACACACACACACACACACACACAGACUGGCAGAGGACUGAGGAUGUGUCUAUAUAACAGUGCAUCCUAGUACUCACUAAAAAUCGACUAAUGUGGUCAAGAAAUCAACUAAUUUCCUCAUCAAUUAACUGAUCGAUCCAAUCAGUGCACUAGUUUGAGUGUGGACGUUUAGCACAGGGUCAGUCACAGUUAUUAACAGUUUUGUUACAACCCAAAUUGUUACAACCUAA